AUGGAGGCGGAAGUGUGUGGCAAGUUGCGACCGGGUGUGUACGUGUCGAGUCUUGCAUUCUUCAGGUCGGAUGAGUCGGUAAACGAGGAUGCGGUGGUACGGCAUAUGGGUUCUUUGGCGGAGUCAGGUGUGGCAGGCGUGGUGGUUCAGGACGUGUUCGGGGAGGCGAUGCAUCUCGACCGGUCGGAGCGGAACUCUGUGACUGCCGCCGCCCGACAGGGGAUGUCUGCCUACCCGCACGUGUCGCUGCUCGUGGGCUGCAGCGCCGCGUCGACCCGGGCGACUGUGCAACUCUGCCAGGACGCAGCCGAACACGGCGCAGACUUCGCCGUGGUCCAGGCACCGCGACUCUACCGCCUCUCGUCCAAGGCCGUGCUCGAUCACUACCGUGCCGUCGCCGAUGCGUCGCCUGUUCCACUGCUGAUCAAGGACUGUGGCGGCCCCGAAGGUAGCCUGGAGGGCGGGUUCGAAGGGAGCCUCGCGGGUGGCCUGGAAGGCAGCAUCCCCAAAGGUAGCCUGGAGGAUAGCUUGGAAGGCGGCUUUGAAGGGAGUCUGGAAGGCAGCCCGGGGCAAAAGACGGCCGGACCGCGCAGCGGGGAAACCGCUUUGACGUGUGAGGAGAUCCUGGCGCUGGCGCGACACGGGAACGUGGCGGGCGUGCAGUUGAGUGCGACCAUGCCGGGCCGCAUCGCGGAGCUCGUUUCGAAGUGCCCGCCAUGGUUCGUGGUGUUGGGCAACGAGACACGACGCACACUGCACACACUCGUGGCCGGUGGACACGGCAUCGUCUCCGGUUUCGCCAACUUGUUCCCGUAUCUUUGUGUGCGUCUAGCGCAACUUUGCAACGCUGGCGAACUCGCCCAAGCACUAAGUCUACUCGACACACUCGCCGCUGCCGACGACGUGCUUCACACACACGGAUUCACCGCCUUCAAAAGCGCACUCCAAACAUACCACCACUAUGGAGGCUGCCCCCGCCUACCCUGCCAACAGCCCACCCACCAAGAUGCCUGCGACAUCGCUGAAAAACUCCGCCCCUGCGUCCAACUCGAUAUCGACAUCCAACACGCCCUGAACAAGCACCACACUUGA